AUGAGUGCAAAUGUUGUAUAUCUACUCCUCUAUGUAGAUGACAUGCUACUGGUAGGACCAAAUGUAAAGGUGAUUAAUUCUGUGAAGCAACUACUUAGUUCUGAGUUUGACAUGAAAGAGCUUGGAGCAAGGGCUGCUAGUGUACCAUUAGGCGGACAUUACAAGUUAUUUGCAUAUCAAUGUCCAAUUACUGAACAGGAAAAAGAAUAUAUGAGUGGUGUGCCAUAUUCUAGUGCUAUAGGAUCUAUUACGUACUUAAUGGUUAGUAUAAGGCCAGAUCUGGCACGUGCUGUAAGUGUUCUCAGUAAAUUUACAUUUAAUCCUAGAAGAAGUCAUUGGGAUGCUAUGGAGUGGCUCAUGAGAUACUUGAAGUUCACUACGAAUGAAGGGUUGUUGUUUAAAGGCAGUCAAGAAGGAGUUGAGCUGCUUGGUUACACAGAUGCAGACUAUGCUGGAGAUCAAGACAAGAGAAAAUCAAUUUCUACUUAUGCAUUUAUUGUUUAUGGAAAUUGUCCUUUGCAUUUCGGGUGGGAUAUUGGUGCUUCAGCUAACAGUCCACAUCAUGACCAAUCAGCUAAGAUUGAGGUGGAAGAUCGGACGCAUAACGUUGGUGAUACAAGCCGAUUCGGUCGAGUUUAUCACCAGUCACAUCACGUCAUCUCUCCUUACACCGACCCAUGUAAAAAGAAGGUCAAAUUUAAUCUUAAUCGACCUAUUGAUGCAUCAAAGGAGAGGGCGUUCGAUGAGUGGUAUAGGGUGGCACCGAAGGAAGCAACCGUGUGUACAUCUUAUAUGACGGUGGGAAAGAAAUGUUUUACUGAGCUACUUACCUCUGAAGGAUGGUUGAAUUCCGAUCAUAUUGACACUAUUUUGUAUUUCAUACGAAAAAGGCGGUUUGAUAAUGAGAAGAUGUUUACCAACACCUGUGCCAUAUUAGACGUGUUAUUUUGGUCAUCCAUCAAAGGGCGUUAUCCCAUAUGGAGGGCAUCUCGUAGCACAUAUUCAUGUGAUGCGACCCUUUGUAGUAUGUGCGUGGGAAGUCACCCAAACCUAGCGUGUCGUGGCGGAUAUGUGAUUAUGUGUACAUCCCUAUCAACAAUGGAGGCGCGCAUUGGUUGGCAGCAUGUGUGGACUUGAAGGCCCGACAUAUUGAUUUAUACGAUCCAAAUAUGGGAAAUAAAUAUGUCCAGAAUAGAGAGUUGAAGAAUGCGGAAUGCCUUACGUAUAUGCUGCCUUACCUAUUGAGGGAUGGGGGAUAUUACGAGAAGAAUCCGGACGUGCCUCCCACUUUAGAUCCAUUCACGAUGACCAUGAUCAAAGAUGCACCCCGCCAAGAUAAUGGGGGUGAUUGUGGCGUCUACGCUCUGAAAUUUAUUGAAUACAUGAGUAGUGAGGAGAAUCCUUCAUUUGGUCCGCAAGACAUUAUGUUUUUUAGAAAAAAAUAUGCUGUUGAUUUGUACUUUAAUAAACUUUCAACGUAGAUCGUAUGUUUAAUGUUAUGACACUCUAUACUAAUGUUAUACUAAUGUCAUCUUAA